UGUGUGUGUCUGUUUCAGUCAUUUCUGUUCUGAUGCACAAUAUUGCAAAAUCAAUUCCAGAUAUGGGCGGAACGGCUUCUAAAAAUGUAUACCCAAUGGGCUGAAAAGCAUGGUCGCAAAGGAAGGGUGGUUGAGAAAUAUCCUGCCAAGGAUGGGGGCAUCAAGUCUGCAAUUGUUGAGUUUGAAUAUGAAUAUGCUUAUGGAUUUCUUUGUGGAGAGAGAGGCACACACCAGAUGGUUGGAAUUUUUCAUGAUAGAUCUCUUCUAUGUGAGACAAGCUUGGCCAGAGUAGAUGUUAUUCCUCUCUUCCUUCAUAAAACGUCUGACCUGGAAGUAGAUGUAGAAGAUUUGUUAAUAUCAACCCUCUCAUUUAGCGGAGAAGAGAAGCUUAUUUGCCAAACUGAACUCGCUGUUAGCAUUCAACAUAUUCCAACUGGCAUCAGAGUCCAAUCUUCAGGUAUUCCAGAAGUAUCUUGAACUUAUUAUGAUGAUUUCAAUGGUGUGAACUCUAUAUUUCUUGGCUUGCUGUUUUGACCUCAUACCUAGGAUUCUUUCUUAGAUGUUACCUCAAUUAUCAUUUCCAAAGUAGAGGAGUGGAGCAGAGAGGAAAUGUAAAAGGGAAAGAGAAUACAUGUAACUGAAAAACUAGGAAGACUUGUUUGGAAAUUUUUAACAGUCUCCUUUUGAUAUAUUCUUUUAUUUUUUUGUUUCUUGGUU